AUGAAAAAGUUUAACAAGAGGAAAAAUAAUAUUGGGAAAAAGGGGAAUUAUAAUAACAGAAAUAAAAAUAAAAAGGUAGAAGAUUCAGAAAUCGAAUCAGAUGAUAUAUUGUCAUCCAAUUUGUCUGAAGAAGAUAAUAUUAUUGUAAAUAAAAAAACAAAAUUUAAUGAUGAAACAAUUGAGAGUGAUGAAUAUGAUAAUAAAAAUAAAUCAGAUGACGAUGACGAAUAUGAUGGGUUUAAUAACCCAGAAGAAAGGAAAAUGUAUUUAGCAAAAAAAUAUCUUAAGGAUAUGGGAAUUGAAAGUAGUGAAGAAGAGGAUAGUUCAGGAGAAUCCGAAAAUAGUGACAAUGAACAAAAUAAAAAAAAAAAAUUUUGUUCUGAUUUUUCAUCUGAUGAUAGUGAUAUUGAGAAAAAAGAAAAAAUAAAAAAAAUGUUAAUGGAAAAAGAAAGUUCCAAAUAUAGAAAAACUCUUUUAAAUUUAAGGGACAAAAUAAGGAUAUUUUAUGAUGAAGAAUUAUCGAAUAAUAAUGAUAAAAAAGAUAAACAAAAUAUGAACAAUUUACCAAAAAAGAUAAAAAAUGAUGAAAAUGUUUUAUUUUUUAAUGGACACAAAAAAAGUGUUACUACAGUUGCUUGUCCAGAUUAUAAUUUAUCCUUUUUCGAUCACUAUGAUUAUAAAAUAACAAACAAUAAUUAUGAUAAAUAUAACAAUGAAAAGUUAAACAGUUAUAAUGACCAUACUGAUAGCGAUGAAGAAAGUUUACAAAAUAUAUCCAACGAAAUUAUGUAUCCUAAAUCUUUUGAAAAUACAUCAAUUAAUACAAUAUAUACAGGAGGUAAAGAUGCUUGUAUUAUUGAAUGGGAUUUAUGUAGGCAAGAAAAAGUUCAUAUUUAUAAAGGGAAUCCAGAUUCUUUUAAAGAUUUUGGAAAUCAAAGUGGGAUAUGCCAUUUUAAAAGUGUAAUGGAUAUUUAUUGUAAUAAAUAUAAUUCAUUUUUCAUGUCAGUUGGAUGUGAUAAUUUAAUAAAUGUAUGGGAUAAUAGAACAAAAAAAAGUUGCAUGAAUUCAGUUAUAGGUCAUAAAAAUAUCAUAACUUCAAUAGUAGGAUGUAAUGAUGAUACAGAAGAAUUAAAUAUGGAACAUAAUUUUUUUACUUCAUCAUAUGAUAAAACAAUUAAAUUAUGGGAUUUAAGAUUUUUUAAUAAAUGUAUAAAUACCUAUUUAGGUCAUACAAAUAAUAUUCUUACAAUGAAUUCAUUAAGUCAAAAUAAAUUAUUAACAAGUUCUAGUGAUUAUACUAUACGUUUUUGGAAUACUAAAAAUGAUAAUCAUAUAUUAUUUAAUAUAAAUUAUGAAAUAAUUGAAUCAUGCUGUACUCUUAAUAAUAAAAUAUUUGUAGCAGGAACAUUUUCAGGAGCCCUUUAUAUUUUUACUUCAUCUUAUAAAAAACCAAUUUGUAUACACAAAAAUGCACAUAGCUCAUAUCCCAUAACAGCACUUAUAAGUAUCCCAUAUACAAAUAUAUUUAUUUCUGGUUCUUAUGAUGGAUAUAUUCAUUUUUGGGAGUAUAAAAGUACUAGUAAAAUAUCUGCCAAUAUUUCAAAAAUUAUGACUAUACAACUAAAUGGAACAGUAAAUAAAUUUUCUUUUGCACACAAUUAUAAAUAUCUAUUUGCAGCUAUUGGUAAUGAAAUGAAACAUGGUAGAUGGGAGCGAACGAAAAAUAAAAAUGGGCUUGCUGUAAUACCAAUUCAAUUUUUAUCAUAA